GUGAGAGUUUAGUUUCUGAAUAAAAGCAACUACAGCUAAUGUCCUAAACACAUUUGUUGUAAGCCGAUAACUGGGAAAGUAUGAUGCUUACAUUCACAGUUCUUGUUGUUUUGUUAAUGGCAGGAAGAGCCACUUGUUCAGUUCUUGGACAUGGAUGUGCUACUGAUUUCGAUUGUCCACCGAUCGAGAGCUCUUGUACAAUGGCCUACCCGACAACAAUGGUCUUCGAGGACAGAGAAUGUGAAUGGUGCACUGUGUGUAUAGACGAAUCAAUACCACUUGACGAAAGCGGCUGCCCUGACAGACAGGUUAUGUGCCAAGGAUCCCGCACACCACCAGAGAACUGUAAAGCACAACUCGUCUAUUCUUACAACGAUAAAGUAUGCAAUUACUGUGACGAAGACAUUUGUAUUAACUUUUCGGAAACUCAAUUCGUCGGUUCUGCUUAACAAGAAUAAGUGAUAAUCCAACAUAACAGUCUCUCAUUCUUUCUAAAAGCUUGAUGUAUUAACUGUUGUUUAUGUAGUUGUGUUUUGAUUCGUAGAGAUGCGUCCAGAAAUUAUAUAUUGUAAACAUACGGAUACAACUCUUAUGGUACUGUUUGUCAAUAUUUAUUCAACUCGACCUCAUGUUCGAACUCUUCAUUAAACCAUCAGAUUCA